AUGUCUCUGGGGGCAGACCCCUUCUACGGACAGGUAAAUCUGGAGGUGAUCAACCUGGUGCUAAAUGGCAAUGUGCUAUCGAAACCGGACAACUGUCCACCUAGCUUGUACGAUCACAUGCUACAGUGCUGGAGUCGGUUCCCAGAGAUUCGCCCCACCUUUGUAGAAGUCUGUCGAAAGAUGGAGGAAUUCGUGGAGGCCUCAAAAAACGCGGAAAGUCCUUUCUCUGCACCUUACGUCUAUCGUGUUCCCAUUGGCGGAUCAGCAAUUCCCUCGGAAUCUGCACCUACAGUUGAAUGUGCCGACUUGCGGCGUGGGAACGAGGGUGAUGCUUCUGCUCUACGUUUCAACGACUCCAGAGUGAACCUUAUCCACUCCAACUCCCUCAGUAUGGGAAGGUGUGAUGAGGACAGUGGUGCUACGUCUCGUCAGACAAGGAGUCUUCAUCGCCAAGUCUCCUGUCCGCGCUCUGCUAUCGAUCCAGCAGGUCCACUGACCGCUGGCUUCUUCUUCACUCAACUUCACCAGCAACCACCACUGCCAGUGCCUUUAUACGCACAGGAAGUCAACCUACCUGGUAGCCUAGCUGGACAUGGGCCUCCACGCUUGCGCAGGCAGUUGAGCGAUCGCAACCAAUACAACCGAGAACCGGCUGAAGUCGAUUCCAUGGGGUAG